GUCGGUGUACCUUUUACUCGCGCUUCGGCUGAAGCAGUCGGCGGAUGAAUUUUGGGCCAACGAGGCCGCCGUUGGAGGGGCGUGGCAACGCACCAGCGUUCCGGCCGAUGCAGUUCACGUGCGGGCAGCCGGGGAACUUCUUAGAGCUACCAUGGACCAGCCGGGGACUUUGAACCUCAAUAACGAGGUUGUGAAGAUGAGAAAAGAAGUGAAGAGAAUCCGAGUUUUGGUUAUCCGAAAACUUGUCAGGAGUGUUGGCAGACUGAAGUCAAAAAAGGGUACCGAAGAUGCACUGUUGAAAAACCAAAGACGAGCACAACGAUUGCUCGAAGAAAUUCAUGCCAUGAAGGAGUUGAAACCUGAUAUAGUAACUAAAUCUGCUCUUGGUGAUGAUAUCAACUUUGAAAAAAUCUGCAAAAAGCCUGAUUCUACUGCAACUGAAAGAGCAGUUGCCAGACUAGCAGUGCACCCUCUUCUGAAGAAAAAAAUAGAUGUGCUAAAAGCUGCUGUCAAAGCCUUUAAAGAUGCAAGACAAAAUGUUGUUGAAGUUAAGUCAUCAAAGAAUGCUUCAGAAGAAAAUCAUUCCAAGGACACUAUGUGUUCAAAUGACGAUGCCAGUAAGUUACAGCAUGAAGGAACUAUUAUCAGUGAGCAAGAAGAGAAAGAAGCCAAAAUAUUGGCAAAGAAACCAAUAAAUAAUUCAAAAGAAAAAAUAGCCAAGAUGGAGCAUGGACCCAAAACAGUGGACAUUCCAAAUUCUCUAUCAAAGCCUUCUGAAAAAGAUUCUGCAGUACCCUCUGAACCCCAGAAGACACCUACUGACCCCCAAAUGAAAACAUUUAGUCAAACCAAAAAAGAGAAAGAGUCCAGUAGCUCACUUGGUGUUAACAGUAAUGGAGAAGAAUUACAUGAAGAAGAGAAGGAAUAUUUUGAUGAUAGCACAGAAGAAAGGUUUUACCAACAGUCUUCCAUGUCUGAGGAUAGUGAUAGUGGUGAUGACUUCUUCAUUGGGAAAGUCAAACGGACACGGAAGAAGGAAAGUAGUUGUCAUUUUUCAGUUAAGGAACAAAACCCCCCCAAAAAAUUGUUGCCUGAAGAAGAUAUACUUGAAACCCAUCAGGAUAUGAGAAGUGAUAAAAACAAGCCACGUACAGAAGCAAGGAAGUUUGAAUCAGUGUUUUUCCAUUCUUUAUCUGGAUCUAAAAGCUCUGGAAGAAAUUACAGAGAACAGGCUCCAAGAAGCAAAACCCCAGAUUUUCAGCAAAUUGAACCUCAGAUCAAUAAUCAGUUUAAUAAGAGUGCACGAAGAGGACCUGAAAAUACAAAACAGAAAUCACAGCUGCCUCUUCAUCCUUCAUGGGAAGCAAGCCGGAGGCGAAAAGAACAGCAAUCCAAAAUUGCUGUGUUUCAGGGGAAAAAAAUUACCUUUGAGGAUUGAUUAGUACUAUUUUUUUGUGAACUUCUCUAUCGAAAAUUUGUUUUUCUUUUUUUAACCUUUUUUUUUUAACCAGCCCAUUAUUUAAAUAUGUAUUUGAAUAAGUCUCUUUGAAUGGGUUAUAGAAAUGAGUUUGGUUUUGUCUUUUUUUUUUUAAGUGUGUUCAAGUUAUGUUUAAGCUUCCACAAAUAAAGUGCAUACUUAAAUUAAUUUUAAAUAUGUCAAGACUAUUCCCUCUAUAAAAGAAUAUUGAGAUAUUGGCUGUCCCAGAUUUUCUCAUUUGUGCUAAUCAUGAAGUAUAUUUCACUAGUUUAGCUCUGUUUCUUUACUUUUAAAAUAAUAAUGGAAAAAUAUGAGGAAAUUGUAGCUAUCUAAAAUAGAUGAUUUUUGCUGAAAAUUGCUCUUAGCAAAACUAAGGUGGUAACUUUUAUUAUGGGUAUACAGAUAAUAAGUUAUAUAAGUAAAUAUUAACUUUUGUUAUAGUUUUAAUUAUUUGUAAUUUUUUAGUUUUUAACUGUUUUAAAACAGGUUCCCAGGAAAAUUUUGGAUUUCUGAAUUAUGCUUCACUUAGUUGAACAACAUUCAUGUUUAAAUGUAGCAACACAACCAAAAAUGCAUUUUGUAUUUUACUGCAUAUAAAAUUUCUGUCAAAUCAAGAAUGUGUAAUAUCUUGACCAUGUGUUCUUAUUUUUUUUUCAGGCAGGGCUUUAUUGGGGUCCCUGCAGCAGCAGGGGGCAGUGAGAACCAACAACAGGUUCCCUUGCUUGCUCUCUCCCAUGUGUUCUUAUAGAAACAGUUUUUGAGGAAUCAUAGAUUGGAAUUUGUAAGAACAAAUUCUGAAGGAGAUGUGAUUGAAGGAGGAUUUGUAUUGAUAGCUGAGCAGAGGUUAUGAGAUAACUCACUGAAGAAGGGACUGUUUUAUACUUCAUAGUACUGUUAUUUAAAAGGAAAACAGGAUUUUAAAAAUCCCUUCAAAUAUUUCACUUUUUGCUGCUCUGAGAAAUUAAGAUUCUUGGUUAACUAAGUAACACUAACUAAAUUCUGUUUUCUAUGCAUUAGUGCUGUUAAUGACAGAAAAAAACCUUCUGGUUAACAGGAAUUCAGAAGCUCUGGAAAGUCAUUUUUAUCUUUUUCAAGAGCUUAAGAAUUUAGAUAACUAGAGCAAUAGAAUUCAAGAGAUCAUAGAGAAAGAAAAUUAUUUUUGCUGUAUUAAAUGCAAAAUUUGUUUUUUUCUCCUUUUUUAAAUUUUUAUUUUUACAUAAUUCCAAUUAUGUCAAAUUGAAAUUAAUUUCAAUUGAAAUUUUAAUUAUAAAGAAUUACUACAGGAAAAGUUAAAAAAUAAUGUCUCUAUCCCUACCCAGAUUUAUCCAAACUGUGAGGUUGAGAGCACUGUCUGUCAGCCCAAGACAUCUAACCCCAACUUCAAGGAAUUACGGUUUGCCUACAAAGUUAGAAGAAAGAACCCAUACAAGACCACUCUCAACUUCUGACACCUGCUGCAGGUUGCAUUACCAUCGUGGCAUCAAUAUGCACAGAGUAUUGGCAAUCAGAGAAACUCACUUGAGCUUUAGUGUCCUGAAUUUUUAUUGUGGCUUCGAUAUGAAGACGUGAUCAGUUGACUGCCAGCGUGAUUGUUGCAGAUGGAUUAAGAAUACCGAAGUCCCCAUCCUAAAUUACAUGAACACAAGCUCCGGACGCGCAGCCUCAGCGGCCAUGGCUCACAGGCCCAGCUGCUCUGCGGCAUGUGGGAUCUUCCCGGAUCAGGGCACGGACCCGCGUCCCCUGCAUUGGCAGGCGAACUCUCAACCACUGCGCCACCAUGGAAGCCCUCCCCUCUAUUAUUUUACCUCACAAAUUCUAGUCACAUUAACCUAUCUAAACUUUGAACUGUCUCUUCAGAAAGGCCAUUGGGCUAUUUUGGAUUUCCUUCCCCCUGCACUGUAAUUUGGAAACUCCUCAAACAGUGAACUGGUGUACUUAUAGCACUCAACUCAUUUGAGUUCUUUCUCUCAGGUAUUAAUAUCCUGUACUGCUUUUUGUCCAUUGUCUGAAACCUUUGUUUCAUCCACUUUGUCCAGUUUUCUAGUUGUUUAAUAUAGAAGAACAAAUCUAAUCCCUGUUAUCUUAUAGUGAUGGGAAAUACAAGUUCUUUAUUUUCAUGCUCAAAUUAUCCUUAAUUUGGUUAGUGGAAGCCCCCUCAAGCUGUCUCCUCUGUCCUUUUGGCAUGUAAAUCCUUUCUGUAAUAGUGAGGAAGGUGGUUUCUUACUUUCCACAAUAUAUUUACUUAUUUUCUCAACCCCAGAGUACGCAGAAGUUAACUUCAGAGUUGCUGACUGAUGCCUUUGCAAAAUACAAGUCUACUAACCAAACUUUAAUUUAUGUUUAGAGUUCUUUUUUCUUUAGCCUGAGGGCAUAUGGUCUCAAAACUAAGUUUGCAAGUUACCUGGGAUAAUGUCAGCAAAAAUGGCUGAGUAAGAACAUCCAGAAAUUCUUUUUCUCCAUUAAAAACAAUGAGAAAACUGUCCAUAUUGUCAGAAUCAGUGUUUUCAGAACUGUGGAAUUAACCAAAAGUUUACAGCAAUCCAGGGAAUGUUAUUUAUUAAAAAUGGCUGAAUCUUGGUAAGAACAGUAUCUUUGUGACAUGCUAACUUGUCCUAUUUUCAUCCCCCACUCCCCAAAUCCAUGGUGUCUUGAAAAUCAACAACCCACAGUAAUGAUGAAAACCUGCAGCCUGGCAGACACUGGAGGGGCCAGAACAGGGUUGGAGCUUAUUCAAAGACACAUUCCCCGAGAAUUAUCACUAUUUGGCCAGUAUGGUAGUUCACUGGAAGACCCCAUGGCAAUUCUGUCUUUAUCUAACUUGACUAAGAGCUUUCCCAGUGUGAAAAGCAUUUUUCCUCAGAUCACUUUUGGAAAUCAAUUAGAGGCAAUUGUUAACAUCACAGCUGCCUGAGGCAGUGAAUAACAGUUGGGGAAAACAAGAAGUUAAUCAAAUUAAAAGGAAAUCUGGAAAAUUCACUAUCUUUAGGGAAUUUGAUAAGUUUUGACAAAUUUCCUGGAAUUAAGGAAAAGUCACAUGAAUGACAGGGCUAUGUGCAUGUUCAGGAAAGUGCCGAGAAGGCCCUAAACUCUCACUUCUGGUUGACUUUGGGGGCUCUGCAUAAGCAGGAAGUGAAGGCUGAUGUGGAAUUGUCAACUUCCUGGCCAAGUGUUGAAGCUGUACCCCAACACACAUACAGACUCUCAGCAAAAUGAGAGAAGUAUCAAUUGCAAGCAUUAAGGAAAUCUUUGUCCAGUUAUUAGUGUACCACUAAGCUAAUGAAGCAGAGACUUUAGUAGCCAUAUACAGCAAAGAAUACAGACUUCACAAAAAUAGUUCAAAAAAGUCACUAGACAACAACAAAAAAUAGCAACAACAACAAGCCCUGAGGAGAAGAGAAUAUCUGAUUUUGGAGUUGCAACAUUAUAUUAUUUAAAAUGUCUAGUUUUCAACAGAAUGUUGUAAGACAUACACAGAAAUAAAUUGUGGCUCAUAUACAGGGUGGGGAAGCAAUCAAUAGAAACUGUCCCAAGCAGGUCCAAAGUUUGGAUAUAUUUGACAAAAACUUUAAAUAAGCUAUUUUAAAUGUGUUCAAAGAACAAAAGGAAGCCAUAUCUAAAAAACUAAGAGAAAGUUUGAGAACAGUGUCUCAUCAAAUCGAGAAUAUCAGUAAUGAGGUAAAAAUUAUAAAGAAGAAAGAAAAAGAAGUUUAGGAGUUGAAAAGUACAUUACUGUGAAACAAAACUUUCAACAGAUGGGUUCAACAGUACAUUUGAGCAGACAGAAGAAAGAUUGGGUAAACCUAACAAUUGAUCAAUUGAGAUUAUCCAGUUAGAGGGAAAAAAAAUAACGAAAAUUUCAAAGACUUGUGGGGAUACCAUCAAAUGUACCAACAUAGGCAUAAUGGGAGUCUCAUAUGACCCCAUAUUUCCAAUCAUAGCUGUAUACCUGCAAGACAAUUGAAAACUUGUUAAAAAAAAACCUGAAUAUGAAUUUCAUAGGAGCAUUAUUCAUAAUAGGUAAAAAGAAGAAAGAACCCAAAUAUCCAUCAACUGAUGACUAGAUAAAUAAAAGUGGUAUGUACAUGCAAUGGAAUAUUAUUCAGCCAUAAAAAGGAAUGAAGUAUUGAUACAUAUUGUGAUAUGGAUGAACUUUGAAAACAUCAUGCUAAGAAAGAAGCCAAACACAAAACAGGGUUCCAUUUAUAUGAAAUGUCUAGAAUAUGUAAAUCCAUUGAGAUCAAAAGCAGGUUAGUGAUUGCUGAGGGCUGGGGGAAGGAGGAAUAGUGAAUGACUGCUAAUGGCUGUGGCAUUUCUUUUAGGAUUGAAUGUGUUCUGGAAUUGGAUUGUAGUUUGGUUGCACAACUUUGUGAAUACAAAAAUCCACUGAAUUGUGCACUUCAUAAGGAUGCACAUUAUUGUAUGUGAAUUGUAUCUCAGUUUUUUAAAUAAUAAUAAUAAAAAGUUACCUGGAUUAGUGUUUCUUUUUUUUUUCCCCUCUCCUUCCAUAUAGUACUUCAUUUGAAAUGCAUUUUAAUUCAUAUGUUUAUGAUGAUAUUUAAUUUGAAGCAUUUUUUUCUCCAUCCUUGGUAAUUUGAUUUAUUUUUUCUUUAUGUACGUGAAACGUUAACAUUGUUCCAUAUGUUAGAGCAGCACAAAACAGUAUACUCAGAGAAGUGGCAACUCUGCCCUUCCAAUUGUUUCUUUCCUUUCCACCCCAAUCCCACCCACCCCAUGUAGAUAGUCAAUCUCAUUUGUCCUUGGUGUAUUCUUCCUGUGUUGCUAUUUGCACAGAUUAAAAAACAUGUAUAUAUUCUUAUUUCCCCUUCUUUCUUACAUAAAAAUUGACAUUUCCUAGAUACUUUUAUGAUCUUUGCUUUCUUCAUUUAAAAAUGUAUUCUGAAAAUCACUACAAAUCUGUCAAGAGAGAUCUUUCUUGUUUAAAACGAAUGAAUAUAACAAAACAGAAAUAGAUACAGAUAAAGAGAACAAACUAGUACUUACCAGAAGGGAGAGGCUUGAGGGGAGGGAAUUAAGAGGUACAAACUACUAGGUAUAAAAAAGUUAUAGGAUGUAAUAUACAGCAUAAGGAAUAUAGCCAAUUUUAUAACUUUAUAUGGAGUAUAAUCUAUAAAAAUAUCAAUUCACUAUGUUGUACACCUGAAACUAAUGUUGUAAGUCAACUGUGCUUCAAUUAAAAACAAAAAAAAUGUGUGAGAGGGACUGCACCCGCUAUUGCUGGCUUCGAAGAUAGAGAAAAAGGAUCACAAGCCAAGGAAUGCAGGUGGCCUCUAGAAGCCUUCAGUUUACAUCCAGUAAGAAAAUAGGUAUCUCAAGCCUACCCCUUCAAGAAACUGAAUUCUGCCAACAACCUGAACAACCCACAAAAAGGAUCCUCCCAGAGAGCCUCUAGAGAGGAGCACAGCCCUGCUGACACCCCGAUUUUAGCCCAGUGAGACCCGUGUCAGAACUACAUGGGUCUAAACUAUUAGAUAAUAAAUUUUUGUUGUUUAAGCCAUUACAGAAUAUAAAUAAAUAAAAAAUGACAUUGUACCUCA